AUGGUCAAGGCUAUCAACAACACCCAGUGCAUCAACAUCACCCUGCAGCACACCCAGGUCUGUGCGUUCGGUCCCACAGAGUCCAGUUACAAAGGUAAGAACACUCGGCAGCUGAUCCCACCAGAGAAACUCCAGAAGAGGCACUGCUGGAACUCACUUUCCUUUUGCAGCCUCAUAAACCGCACAGCCAACAGCGAGACAAUUCGUCUUCCUCCACAGGCAGAAUCCCACGGCCCUUCCUUCUGUGCGGGACCACGUGCUUUCAGACUCGGAGAGCAUCCAACAGAGCCCCUGCACUGCCUGCUCUCACAGGAACGGCGGCGGGAGGAAAAGCGCUCGGCUUUUUCCGGGGCACUGACAGAAAAUGAACCACACGGUGGCGGUGCGGACUUGCAAAAGAAGAAAACGCACCUCGCCUAUCAAAGUACCCAAAUUAAUGUCCCAAACUCUCUCCUGUUCCUUGUUGCAGGCCAUGGAAUUUCUGUCCUGCACCGUCAGGUCCAUCACGCCGUGAUCCCUCAUGGGAGAAGUGGAAGAUCCUCUGUCAGUGGCAUUGUGGCCACCGUCUUUGGAGCCACAGGUUUCCUGGGACGAUACGUUGUCAACCGCUUAGGUCGCAUUGGCUCUCAAGUCAUCAUCCCCUAUCGCUGUGAUCAGUAUGACCUGAUGUAUCUGCGGCCCAUGGGCGACCUGGGGCAGCUUCUCUUCAUGGAGUGGGACUGUCGGGACAAAGAUUCCAUCCAAAGAGCCGUGCAACACAGCAAUGUGGUCAUUAAUCUUAUUGGAAAGGAAUGGGAAACAAAAAACUUCAAAUUUGAAGAUGAAUUUGUAAAUAUUCCUCAAAUUAUUGCACAGAUAAGUAAGGAAGCAGGUGUGGAAAAGUUCAUUCAUAUCUCUCACCUGAAUGCUGACAUGAGGAGUCCUUCCAAAUACCUCAGGAACAAAGCUGUUGGAGAGAAGAUAGUGAGGGAAGAAUUUCCAGAUGCUGUAAUUUUGAAGCCCUCUGAGAUGUUUGGGAGAGAGGAUCGAUUUCUCAAUCAUUAUGCAAACAUGCGCUGGUUUGGCGGUGUGCCUCUUGUUUCUCUGGGCAAAAAAACAGUCAAGCAACCAGUCUAUGUGGUUGAUGUAGCAAAGGCAAUUAUUAAUGCAAUUAAGAAUCCUGAUGCAAAAGGAAAAACAUAUGCCUUGGCUGGCCCUCACCGGUACCUCCUGUAUGACAUGGUCGAGUACAUCUACACUGUUUCCCACCACCCCUUCAUUCCCUACCCGCUGCCACGGCCUCUCUACCAUUUAGUUGCAAGAUUCUUUGAGAUGAAUCCAUUUGAACCGUGGUUGACACGGGACAAGAUAGAUCGGUUUCACACUACAGACAUGAGAUUUCCUGACCUUCCUGGUUUUGAAGAGCUGGGGAUUGAGCCAACCCCCCUGGAGCAAAAGGCCAUCGAAGUGCUGCGCCGUCACCGCAGGUUCCGCUGGUUGGAUGCUGAGCUGGAGGAAGUAAAGCCAAAAACACAGCCCGUGUAACAGCUGGCAAGGGGGAUACUUAAAGCUUCUUAAACUGCCUUUGGAUGACCCAUCUUCUUUGAGAACUGUGUACAUACUGAGUAAAAUGUAUGAAUCAUGUAAACUGUA